AUGUCUUUUAAUUUUGGAAUUGAUAAAAUAAGUCAAGGUAAUAAAAAACCAUCUUUUAAAGAUAAAUUUGCAAAUUCAUCAUCAUCAUCAUCAUCAUUACCAUUAUAUUAUAAAGAUAAAUCACCUUUUCAUCCAAAAUAUUCAAAUUAUAAAAGAAAUAAAAAACUAUAUAUGUUAUUAAAAGGAUUUCUAUAUUCAUUAGGAUUAUAUUUAAUUUAUUAUAUAACUUCAAAUGAUUUUAAUAUCCUUAAUAAUAUAAAUCCAAUUUUUAAUAUUUUUUCUCAAGAACCAUCUUGGUUAAAAAUUCAAAAUGAAGUUAAACAAGCAAUGUUAGAUUCUUGGCAUUCUUAUGAAAAAUAUGGUUGGGGUUAUGAUGAAUAUCAUCCAAUAAAACAACAAGGUGAAAAUAUGGGUCCAAAUCCUUUAGGUUGGAUGAUUAUUGAUUCAAUUGAUACAUUAAUGAUUAUGGAUUGUAAAGAAGAAGUUGAAAGAGCCAAAAAAUGGAUUAAAGAAGAUUUAGAUUAUAAAUUUGAUUAUAAUGUAAACAAUUUUGAAACAACUAUUAGAAUGUUGGGAGGAUUAUUAUCAGCUUAUCAUUUAAGUGAAGGUGAUGAUUUAUAUUUAGAUAAAGCCGUUGGGUUAGCUAAUUCAUUACAUGGAGCUUAUAAAUCACCUACUGGUAUACCAUAUUCUUCAGUUAAUUUGAAAACAGGUAUUGGUAUAAAAAAUCAUGUUGAUAAUGGAGCAUCAUCUACAGCAGAAGCAGCAACAGUUCAAUUAGAAUUAAGAUAUUUAGCAAAAUUAACAGGAGAAAUUGAAUGGUGGGAAAUAUCUGAAAAAAUUAUGGAAGUAUUAGAAUCAAAUAAACCAAAAGAUGGAUUAGUACCAAUAUAUAUAAAUCCUGAUACUGGGAAAUAUCAAGGUAAUUUAAUAAGAUUAGGUAGUAGAGGUGAUUCUUAUUAUGAAUAUUUAUUAAAACAAUUUUUGCAAACAAAAGGAGACGAACAGAUUUAUUAUGAUUUAUAUAAAGAAUCAGUUGAAGGAGUUAAAAAACAUUUAAAAGGAAAAUCAUACCCUAAUGAAUUAACUUUUAUUGGAGAAUUAGAAAGAGGUAUUAAUGGACCAUUAUCAAAUAAAAUGGAUCAUUUAGUUUGUUUUUAUGGUGGAUUAUUAGCACUUGGAGCAACAAAUGGUUUAACAUUAAAAGAAGCAAAAGAACAAAAAUGGUGGAAUGAAAAUCGAGAAUCAGAUUUUAAAUUUGGUGAAGAAUUAACUUAUACAUGUUAUAAAAUGUAUAAUGAUGUUUUACCAACAAAAUUAUCACCAGAAAUUGUUGUUUUCAAUACUGAUGAAUCAAAAGAAGAUAAAGAUUUUAUAAUAAAACCAUUUGAUAGACAUAAUUUACAACGACCAGAAACAGUUGAAUCAUUAUUUUAUCUUUAUAGAUUAACUGGUGAUAAUAAAUAUAGAAAAUAUGGUUAUGAAAUAUUUCAAUCAUUUAUAAAAUAUACAAAAAUUAUAAAUAAACAAGGUGAAAUAUCUUUUAGUUCAUUAGAAGAUGUAACACAAUUAAAUAAAGAUGGUUCAUCAAAAUUUAAAGAUAAUACAGAAAGUUUUUGGUUUGCAGAAACUUUAAAAUAUUUAUAUUUAUUAUUUGAUGAUUCAAAUAAAUUAUCAUUGAGAGAUUAUGUUUUUAAUACUGAAGCUCAUCCUUUCCCUAAAUUCAAUACAAAUAAUUAUUUAAAAACAAAUUGGAGAAGAAAAAUUAAUGAAAAUGAAAAACCAAAAAUGAGAGAACAAAAUGAAAUUGAAAAACAACAAAUUAAUAAUAAUAAUAAUAAUAAUAAAAUUAUACCAGAAGCUCAACCAGUUGAUAAAAAAUUAAAUGAUUUAGUUAAAGAAAUUGAAUAA